GAGAGAGAGAUCAAGAUCCAGCAACUAGAUAGAUGGAUAAUCAUUUAACUAAUUUAUGUAAUGCCUACCUCAAUGACGUUCAGGCAAGUAAACAAUACAAGUUGUUUGUCCGGGAAGGUUCCCAAAAAACGGUCAUUGUCUGAGUUUCUGAAGACGGUUCAUCCAGAAUUGGGUAUGAUACUUUCUCAAAAAGGCCCACCAGCUUUCGAUCCUCUGAUUGUGAUUACUCGACCCACAAAUGAAGCAGUUCCCAACGUGGCGGUCCAUAUCCCUACUCCAGUGUAGCAAUCUCUGCAUUUCUGCCAUUGUGACGUUUUCUGUCCCCAAAUCUGUGCAAAUUUUGGCAGGUAUCGCCAUCCUUUUCUCAACUUCACAUAUAAAAUAACCAGCGAUGAUCCUGGGGUUGCUGUUUGUUGAAUAGACAUAGAGCCAAACAAUGAGCCUUGAAUAACUAUCAAUGGCUCCAUUGAUGCAAAGACCAAAAGGCUUUAGUUUAUCGUACGAGUCGACAUGCCGCCAAAAAUUAGGUCCGGGGUUAACGUGGGUACGUUGGGUCAAGCGAUUUCUCCGCCUAUGUGCAACACCACGGGGGUCUAAAACCUUGACCAGAUGUCUCGCGGUGCUCUGGGUCAUAACAUAUCCGGCUUGGAUGCAGCAGAGAUGGAGUAGUUUGUAUCCAUGGUGUCUUCCAUUGCUCUCCAGCUCAUCGAUUACAAAUAACGCAACCUCCAGUGGGUCGAACUGAUCAAUCCUCCUGAACAGUCCAAUGCAUUUUAAAUGACGUCUGAGAGUACGCAUACUUAUUACAAGCCCGUCCACUGAGCUCAACAACUGCAGAAGUCUCCAUGUCUCAACCCAAGCAUGAAAUAGAACUUAAUCAAACCUUUAAAAUGAGCCAAGGUGCGGUGGUUUACAUAAUUCACCUACGGCACCUCGAGUUAGGUUACGAGGUGUAAGCCCUGAAAUAGUCGUAAUGUUAAUGUAUAAUGUAACUAAUUCUAGACAUUUUCCAUGCUCUGUUUCCUCCAUACACUUUUUAAUCUCUUUGCAGAUAAGCGCAAUGAUAUUUUCAAUUAAUAUGAAACAUUUUUUCUCAUUUUCUCCAUUUUUUUUCUUUGAUUUACAAAACUCGUUCCAUUUUCACUGCAAAUUGCUUGUGGAAUGCCAUAGCAUGGUAUUGUGUCUUUACAUAAUACAUUUGCUACUGUUAGAGGAUGAAGGUGUUUUGUUGGAAAUAACUAUUCAUUUAGAGAAUCCUUCUGUAAUUGCUGAAGACUAUUAUAUUCUUUUAUUGCACUUUCAUUAUUUGCUUAAAUAUAACCUUAUACAUUUAAUCAACAGAUAAAGUAUUGUCCAUUUGCUAAUCAGACAAGGAUGUGUUGUAGAGCCGGUGGUUGUCCUUGUCCUACGCAGAAAAACUGCUGGUGCCUUCCUGCUCUCCCAGGCGUUGCCGUGGAGACAAACGACACCAGAUAAGGAGUGGAAAAUUACCAUCAAGACUCCGGGGGGCAGCCACUUUUACCAUGGACCCAUACAUAUAAAAACCUUGUGUUACUGGGCAGCUCUUGUCUUCUUCUUUGGCUAUUCUGCCAGAAGACACGCGUCUCGUGUGCGGCAGAUACCUAUAUAAGACCCGGACGUCUGUAUUGCACAUUCCUUUGUGAUAAAUCCAUUUGCAGUUAACUUUUUCUAAUCAUUGGUCAUAUCUUCCUCGAUUCAUGAACAUGCGUAGGAUCCAAACUCGCAAAUCCCUACAAUUUGGUUACCCCGACCGUAAGUCGAGGGAGGUAGACGAGUGUUGGCCGGCGGCAGAUGAGAUAAAGAGAGACAUAUGAGAAACACGAGUGUUAUAUGGACAAGUCGAGGGUGGUCGUCUGUACUUCUGACUUCUCCAGGUCGCGACCAAAACUAAAAGGUCCAAUGCGAGGGCGUGGUGGCUGGUCCAACAACAGAGGGGGCCAAGGCAGAGGCAGAAAUGACAGCUUUGGCGGCCCGCCCUGGCAGCAGGAUGGACAGCAGCAGGUUGGACAGUACCACUUGGGGUGCCCAGUAAGCCAGGGGUCCGGCGAUGCAGGUGCCAUGAUCCCCAUCUCUGUUGCGGGGCGAAAAGUAAACACUGUCGUUGACACAGGGGCAACACAAUCCUCACUCAAUAUCUCGCUCCUGGACACUUUAUUGUCACACAACACUGUGCAAUUAAUGGGCUUCUCAGGGACUCAAUGGGUCCUGCAAUGGACUCAACCCCUACUGACAAUCUUGGCUGCACAGACCUUCCACCAUUCGUUUGUACAUUCACCACAAACACCAGUGGCAGCUGACACCAUCUGCCACUCUGGACAAUGGUUUAUGACAACUGUGAGUGAACCAACUCCAACGGUGGACAUUUAUUGGGCUUGACUUGAACCAGAAACACUGCUCAAACCUGGUCUCAUACAUCAAUUUCUGUUGUGGAAGCCCUGGUUAAACACUCUUAGGGGUUACCUGCCUCCACUAGAUCCAUACCAUUGCACACUAUAUUACGACCGCAACCCGAUCUAGUAUACAUGGAAAACUUUUCAUGCAUACAAGGUGAUGCUUGGGACAUUACAUCCACACAUAUAUACACAGCAAGGGAGGGUGUAGCGGCAUCCUGCUCUCUUACACCAGAUCAAAUGACAUGGUUCAAAAUGCAGGAAGAGUUAGUACCCCACAUUUCACUUGCUCUGUCUCCAGGACACGUAGCCCGGCAGCUGGUACCUAUGGUGAAACGACUGACUCAAAUGACUGACUGGGAUGACACACCACUCCCUAACAUACAGAUCUUCAAAUCUGCAGAUGCAUACCGCUUCAUUGUUCCUGACGCACCUCCGACAACUCAUAUGAACAUAUUAGAACAUAAGACCCUAACUCGAGAACAUGGACGUGACUACUCUGACCAUGACAACGUCGAGUCAAUGUUAAACGAACAGCCUAAAUUAGUUUGGUCCUUUCGACCCUUUGAUUUUGGAAAUUGUACUAAGACAUCAGAUAUUAAAAUCACUGCUUUUCCAGGAUAUCAUGUUUACAGAGCUCAAUAUUAUUGGCCAGCGCCUGCUAACCAGGGGAUGGAGGACACUCUCACUGGCCUGUGGAAUUCUGGAGUCCUGGAAACAUCCACCUCCUCGUGGUGUACACCACUCAGCCCAGUUUUAAAAGCAGAUGGUAAAACUUAUCGUAUGGCACAUGAUUUGAGAGCCGUUAAUCACGUAACGACCACACCAUUGUUACCUGGACUCGACCCCCACAGAAUGUUUUCUACCAUCACACCGGAUUUGAAAUACUUCACAGCCAUUUAUUUGGCUAAUGCAUUCUUCUGUGUCCCACUUGCACUUAAGUGUAGACACUUGUUUGCAUUCAGAUAUCAGGGACACAAUUUGCAAUACACCAGGUUGCCACAAGGCUUCAAAAAUUCUCUUGGAAUUUUUAAUCAAUGUUUGACAUCAUUGCUCCAGGAUCUUGAUCUCCCAGACAGAUGUGAAUGUCAUGAUCCUGCCGCUUCAGCAUGAGCUGUGCGGGUGUCCGCGCAGGUGCGCUGAUUGGAAGGUGCACACCUGCGCCUCAUGCAGCCUGAUUAUGCUAUGGAUUUAUAUGACCGCGAUGACAACUGGCCGGCGCCAGUUCGUAUGAUCUUCAUGUCCCAUUCGUGUGCUCCGCUAUCCCUGAUCGAACCUGUGUGUACCGACCUUCGUCCGUUCUCCGACCAACCUUGUAAGCCUGACUCCUUUGAUACUUCUGCCUGCGUUGAUUGUUCUCCCGUGUACCGACUCCUGCCUGUCCGCUGCUGCACCGGACUGCCUGCUCGAUCCCCGACCUCGGCAUAUAAUAAACGUGUCUCUUCUUGAACUACCUUGCGUCUUCCGAGUUCCUGCAUUUGGGUCCUACUCUCGUUUCCGAUGGGACGUGACAGUGAACUCCUGAUGUAUGUUGAUGAUCUCCUGUUGGCAGCCCCAACAGCAGAGUCUCAUAGUGAAUUGGUUAAAAUACAGCACAACGGCUCUCCUGAACAAAAGAUAUUUUGAUCAAAACUCACUCUAUGGCUCAUAUUGGCCCCAGAGCCAUGCUAACCAAACUCCACAUGUGGUGGCAUCCUAAAAUGUCUGACUUGUGUCACGCCCACUGUUGUGACUGUAAUAUUUGCCAGCUACACAAUGUUUGCUCCACACUUAGACCAUUGCCAGGUUCAUUUGAGCCACCCACCUGGCCCGGUGCUGAAAUGGUCAUGGAUUUCACAGACGUGAUCACUCCUGUUCAAGGUAAGCGCUACCUUCUUGUUUUUGUUGACACCUUUUCUUGAUGGCCUGAAGCCUACCCCUGCACUGGCGAAGACGCCAUGUCGGUAAUGAAAGCUUUGGUGAACCAUUGGAUUUCAACGCACGGUUUCUCCGCUCUCAUCCACUCGGACAACGGUACAAAUUUCACAUCCACACACCUAGCUACUGUAGAGAAGUGGUUAGGAUUAACUCACAAGUUUGGUUGUGUUUAUCACCCCGCCAGUCAAGGUUCAGUUGAACGUAUGAAGCACGUUGAAGGAAAAACUGGCUAAAAUAUGUACCUCUUCCAGCAUGAAUUGGGUUCAGGCUCUCCCCAUUGCUCUGUUUGUGAGACAAACUGUGUCUUGCUCUACUUGUUUUUCCCCUUACGAACUUCUUACAGGUCGUCUGAUGCCUGCCCCACCCUCCUCACUCCAACCGCUGGAGGAAGGCACUGUGUCUUCCAAGUUUUCUCAUAAACUGUUUUGGACACAACUGCAUUCUUUUGCUUCUAAUUUCUCCUCCUUCACUCAGGACUCUCUUCUAUCACCACCUCCUGCACUUUAUCUUCCUGAAUGGUCAUCUGUGUACCUUAAACUACUCUCUCGUAAGUGGUCAGAACUCUGUUGGUCCGGCCCACACAAGGUGACUGCUCGUACCUCCAAAGCCGUCCGCUUGGAGGGAAAAGGAACUAAGUGGUUUCAUUAUUCUAUGCUUCGCCCUGCUACAGACUCUUAAUUGCACUUUUCUUUUAUUGUUUGUUGUUGUUUUAUUAUUAACCAUGAUUCCUACAGAUGGUCCGAUUGCUUUUCGGACCAAGAGAGGGAGAGCAGGAAUCUGUGGGAUUUUCAUUAUUGGUGUUAUUGUUGUUCUUGGUUAUUUUAAUCUGGGAAAUCGCUCAAAAAUACCCCAUACCCACACCCAUAUCAGUGCCAGUUGUUAGCAGAACCCACCUGGAAAAUAUUCAUCACAGAGAAGAGUUGUAUUAUAAACAAAGCCCUAUCUGUUGAUGAGUGGUUUAGGGUUUUGACAGGCAUUAGCCCAGUAAACAAUAAUUGGUUACUUAUGGCAGAACAAGCAGCAAAUAAAACCCAGAGUGACUGUGUUGUAUGCAUGGGACCUAGACCUUUGUUACGUGUUGUUUCUUCUUCUAUCAACUCCACCUGUGUUCUAGAUCUUGUGAAAAAUUAUGUGCCGACUAAAAAUCACUGCAAAAUCUGAGAUACUGCACAUCCGGUAACACCGGCUCAAAAGAACAAACCUGUGUUUAAUCGUGUAAACCAAAACUUCACUUGUAUUUUCCUGAAAGGGAUUGGUGCCCCAAUUGACAAUAUCUCUGAUUAGCAGUGUGCAGAGACCCAGGAAGCACCUUUCUUCCAACCUGUCAGCCGUGGACGGCAGACCGGUGUACUCUGUGCGCCGGCUGCUGUCUUCUCGUUGCAGGGGCAGGGGGGUCCAGGA